CGGAUUACGCGCCGGUUGUACGUGAAAGAAUCGCGAAUUGCAUUGUAAACAAACAUAAAACCUGUGCAUAAUUUAUAGUCAAUUUAUAGUUUUUGAGUAGUUAAAAAUUUAUGUAUAAUGCUGAAAGCUGUGAUACUUAUUGGAGGACCACAAAAAGGCACAAGAUUUAGGCCUUUAUCGUUAGAUACACCUAAGCCUCUAUUUCCAAUAGCUGGUCUACCGUUAAUACAGCAUCAUAUAGCAGCAUGUGCUAAAUUAGAAGAAUGUAAAGAAAUAUUGAUAAUUGGUUCUUAUCCAACCACUUUGAUGACUCAGUUUGUCAGUGAUAUGCAAAAGGAGUAUCAUUUGAUUAUAAGGUACCUUCAUGAGUUUAUGCCGUUAGGGACAGGAGGAGGUCUAUACCACUUCAGAGACCAAGUGCGGGCUGGAAACCCAUCAGCAUUCUUCCUGCUCAAUGGUGAUGUCUGCGCAGACUUCCCUUUAAAGGAGCUAUGGGAGUUUCAUGAAGGAAGACCAGAGGCUUUGGUAACCAUAAUGGGCACAGAAGCCACCCGCCAGCAAUCCAUAUACUACGGAUGUAUGGUGCGAGACACGAACUCAGGCGCCGUCAGCCAUUACGUCGAGAAACCACGCGGUUAUGUAUCUACGUUGAUCAACUGUGGCGUGUAUGUGUGCUCACCGCGAGUGUUUCAGAUCAUGGCUGAAGCAUUUCAGAGGAAACAGGAUCAAUUUUAUGGUUCGAACGGCCAAGGUAGUCCAGGUUAUAUGUCUUGGGAGCAAGAUGUGCUGUCGCCUCUCGCUGGGACCAACAAAUUGUACGCUCUACAGGUAACGAACUGGUGGUCGCAAGUGAAAACAGCAAGCUCAGCGAUAUACGCGAACAGGCAUUAUUUAGAACUGCAUCGAAACGGGUCCAGCCAGGCCCCAUGCAAAAUCACACCAGAUGUGUUCAUACACCCUACUGCGGUUGUUGACAGUACAGCUGUUAUAGGACCGAAUGUCUCUAUUGGUGCGGGAGUGACGAUAAAAGCAGGUGUGCGCAUAAAAGAGUCCAUUAUAUUGAACCACGCGACCGUCCAUGAGCAUGCACUGGUCAUGUACUCUAUUGUGGGUCAAGACUGCUCGGUGGGCGAAUGGUCGCGCGUGGAAGGGACCCCGCCGGAUCCGGACCCUAACAAGCCGUUUGCGAAAAUGGACAACACGCCGCUGUUCAAUAGCGAUGGCAGAUUGAACCCCUCUGUUACUAUAUUGGGCGCCGGAGUAACAAUGCCAGCAGAGAGGAUACUUCUCAAUUCAAUAGUAUUGCCUCACAAACAACUCACGAGGAGUUAUAAAAACGAAAUAAUUCUCUAGUUAUAAAUAUAUAUAUAUAUAAUUAUAUAAUGUGGUAUAAAGAAUAGCUAUUUAUUGUACAAAUUGUCUGAAUUCUCAAUGUUUUGUUUACAAACUCUCAGUCCGUGCUAUGUUUUAUUAAACGGAGAUUCUGAUACGCAAUAUAAAGAUUUCUUUAAACCGAGUUAAUAUAAUUUACUUAAUAUUUACUUUGUCUUUGCGAGACUGUUGAUAAAAAGAAAUCAUUUUAAUUUUUUGUCAUUAAGGGAUAGUGAAUACUCGAGAGUUUUACUAUAAGACUGGCUGUUCGCCCCGGCUUCGUCCAGGGUACGUAUAUAGCUUAUAGCUCGGCGAUCACGUACGUAUCCAACAAUGAAAGAAUUUUUGAAAUCGGUCCAGCAGUUUCUGAGAUUAGCGCAACACGCCCUUCAAACUCUUCAGCUUUAUAUUAUUAGUAUAGACUAUACAACAUGAUGUUGUAAAAUUUUCAUAAUAUUUUAACAAUCAUAAUAAUGUUAGGUUGGAAGAGAAUAACAUUUAUUACCGUCCCUUUCUUUUCUUUGAAAUCAUGUGAAAUGGCAAUAAUUGUGAUUAAAAUUAUUUCAAAACACAAACAUUCUUUAUGUAAUAAAAACGUUUAUAAGAAAGUUUUUUUGUGUGUAGAAGUAAUUAACUGAGCUAGGUCGGUAAGUGGUUAGUGGUAUCCUGAUGGUAAGUGACCAACAUCGCCCAAACAUUUGCAGAGAUAACCUCCAUAAAUCGUUAGAAAUUUUUUAAAAUUAAUGGGAUAUAGAAAGGAUUUACCUCGGGAACGUGUGGAAGGAAUGGGAAAGGUGAGAAAUAGGAUAUGGGCCGGGUUCCCCUACUUACCGAGCGCAACACAGUAGCAUGCUAACAGUCUCCCCGUGACCUCGCUCGCUGUAAUGUGUUCGAAACGUCCUGUAAAUAAUUUAAUGAAUAAAUCGCGUUUAAAAUCCGUUAAAAAGUUUUUAAUUUC